AUGGCCGACCGGCGCGGUUCGGGGGCCGACGACGAGGCCCCCCGGCCACCGCCCCAACCGCCGCGCGAAAGGGCUGGAAGUAUGCCAGUCCUAGACUCGGCGCCCAAGCAGAAGCAGGAUAUCGAGCCGGAUCGCGAUGCCGUCCUGAGCCCCAAGCAGAUCGCUGACGGAGCAAACACUGUCCAAUGGGACCCGCCCCAGCCAGGCGUUGAUCCGGCGCUGGCCAAGCAAGUCGAAGAAGUCAUGGCUUCCGAGCUAGGUAUCUCGACUCUCUUAAAUCGCUUAAAGCAGAGUGUGGCCUCAGCAAAGGAGUUUGCCAUCUUCCUCAAGAGACGGUCAGUGCUCGAAGAUGACCACGCCCAGGGCCUCAAGAAGCUCUGCCGUUUGAAUCAGGAGAGCGCGCGCCGUCCUGAGCACAGACAGGGCUCCUUUGCCCAGUCUUACGACGAGAUGAUCUUCAUCCACGACCGCAUGGCCGAAAACGGCUCGCAGUUUGCCGCCUCUCUCCACCAGAUGCACGAAGACUUACUCGAGCUGGCUGCCACUGCAGAGCGCGGCCGCAAGAGCUGGAAAACCAACGGCAUGGCUGCCGAGCAAAAGGUGGUCGACCUCGAGCAAGCCAUGCGCAAAAGCAAGGCCAAGUACGACUCUCUCGCCGACGAGUACGACCGAGCCCGCACGGGCGAGGCGAGACAGAGCGGCAAGAUGCUAGGCGCCUUCAAGGCGCACAAGUCGGCCGCCCAGCAGGAAGAGGACCUGCUGAAGAAGGUGCAGGCAGCGGACCAGGCUUAUCACGGCCACGUCAACGCGCUGCAGACGGAAAAGUCCCAUCUCGUGACGAUGGCCCGCCCCGAGGCUGUUCAGGCGCUGCAGGACCUCAUCGUCGAGACCGACUCGGCUGUGACGCUGCAGAUGCAAAAGUUUGCCGCUUUCAGCGAGAAGCUGCUGCUCGGCAACGGCCUGAUCGUCAGCCCGUUCAAGGGCCAAGCGCCAAGCAGCCCAUCUCAGCCUCGGAGUUUGCGCGAGGCUGUCGCAGCUAUAGACAACACCAAAGACUUGAAUGACUUUGUCGCGGCGCAACACGCUAAGAUUCAGCCCAAGUCUGAGGUCAAAUACGAGCGCAACCCUAUCCUUAACCCCCCGUCCUCUGCGGCAGCCAACCAGCCCACUCCGCUGAACAUGCACCCGCCCCAGACCAGUGGCCAGACUUCAGGGGCGACUCAGGAAGCGCCACGGGAGUUCCCGAUGCCUCACACACGCAGCUUUAGCCAGGGCGCCAUGCUGAACCAACAGGGUGGCCCGCCGCAGCAGUUUGCACCGAGAAACUCAGCCCAGGCCGCUCCACGGUACGGCACCGGGGGCACGAUAACCUCCCAAGGACCCCCGCGGCUGGGUGCCCUGCCCUUCCAGGCUUCACAGUCGUCGGGUCAGCAGCCUCAGCAGUCUGGUUCUCCGCCGCUGCCGUCGCAGGACAAGCAGAACAGCGGCGGUGCUCCGCCCGGGUACGGCCCUCCCGGGCAAGGCUCGGCCUCGAAGCCCAUCUUUGGAGUGCCGCUUGCUCGCCUUUACGAGAGAGACGGGCUGGCCGUGCCCAUGGUCGUGCACCAGUGCAUCCAGGCGGUCGACUUGUUCGGUCUUGGCGUCGAGGGCAUCUACCGGCAGUCAGGUUCCUUCAACCACAUCAGCAAGCUCAAGGGCAUGUUUGAUGCAGAGUCCCAAAACCCGGCGCUCGACUUCCGCAACCCCGAGAACUUUUACCACGACGUCAACAGCGUGACGGGCCUGCUGAAACAGUUCUUUCGCGAUCUGCCGGACCCCAUCUUGACGAUGGAGCAUCACGAUGCCUUCAUCGCUGCCGCCAAAAAAGACGACGACGUUGUCCGCCGCGACUCUCUCCACGCCAUCAUCAACGCCCUGCCCGAUCCCAACUACGCCACGUUGCGCGCCCUCGCGCUGCACCUGUACCGCGUCAUGGACAACUCGCACGUCAACCGGAUGAACUCGCACAACCUGGCCGUCAUCUUUGGCCCCACGCUCAUGGGCUCGGACCCGAGCACGGCCAUUACCGAUGCUGGGUGGCAAAUCAAGGUUAUUGACACCAUCCUGCAGAACACGUACCAGAUUUUCGAUGAGGACUAA